GCACUUCCUGGAGGCGCUCGUGCGGAUGUCGAUCGUGCGUUUCCCAUUGGAGAAGGGCCUCGAGAGACAGAUGCGCCGCCUCUUUGACGAGCACGUGCUGCAGCUGGCGAGCGGUGACGCGGGGGGGUCGGCGACCGCAGGGGCCCUGUCGUUCCUGGCCGACGAGGACGUCCAGGACGUGCUCCGAGCCUUCGAGCCCGAGCUGCGGGCCCUCUUCCGCGAGCACGCCGCCGGAGAGGGUGCCUACGCCACUCCGCAGUGGGCGCCCGCGGCCCCAGAG